UUUCACCUUCAAAAGUGGGGGCGGGGGGAGCGGGGCAGGUGGGAAGUAGAGCCUUGCAAGGGAGCGAAGCAUGAAUGGAGGGGUGGACUAUCUCCUCUCGGAGGAAGUGAUCGACCUCACCAGAGGACCUGCAGGAUUGGGUUUUAACAUAGUUGGAGGAACAGACCAGCAGUACAUUUCCAAUGACAGCAGCAUCUAUGUUAGUCGGAUUAAAGAAAAUGGAGCUGCUGCCCUUGAUGGACGCCUACAAGAAGGAGACAAAAUUUUAGCAGUUAAUGGCACGGAUCUGAAAAACAUGCCACAUCAGGUCGCUGUAGAUCUGUUCCGAACUGCAGGCGACAGCGUAUCACUAAAGGUCCAACACAGGCUGCUGCCUCAGAAUGGUCCCUCAAGCCACAGAAGUGAUGGAGAUACAGGAGGUAUUCCCUUGGCUGUGAUUGUGGUGCCUGGGCUGGCCAUCGCAGUUGCUGCAGUGUGGGCUUUCCUGAGAUACCGACAGCGAGUGUGACUGAUGCCUUCACCUUUAGCAAAACCCAGAGAAGCCUACAGAUUUAUGGAGUAAUUUAAAGAGAGCCUAUCAACACUUCUAUUUUUGGACUGACAUUAGGCGGUGGGGAGAGGAGACCAUCUUUGCCUAACGUAAAGUUGUUGCUGCUGUCUGUACUGUCACAAAUUUAAUGUAUUGGGAGAUGGAGAUAGGAAGUAUGAUGAUUGUUUAUGAACAGGAAUGCCCCAUUUCACUGAUCUUCCAUUCAGUUGUUCAAUUCCCUUCUCUUUCCUGUGCCCCAUGAAUUUUCACGUACUUGUUAUUUUAAAAUAUGGACUUUGAUGCGACGGUUUUUCCUGUUCAAAAGUAGCCCUUUCAUUUGUGGCCAGACAAGCUGCCUCUAAAUCUUGGAAGGAACUUCUGACUAAUUGCCAGUGCAGCGUGAGAAACUGGCAUUGGUGUGUGUGUGUGUGGGGGUGUGUGUGUGUGUGUGUGUGUGUGUGUGUGAAUUGCUUUUGUCUGCCAAAAAAGCUCUAGUGCCCAGGCCUAGUAUCUACUUGGGGAGUAGGAAAAUGCUAUAGCCAUUUUAUGAUGUAAGCCUUAUUUGAAAAUAUGCCCUUUCUCUCAAGUUGUCUUACAAUCCUUGGGUAUUUCCAUUGGUAGUGAUAGGUGAAAUGGUGAUGGGGGAUGUCUGAUUCUAUUUCUUUUUUUGGGGGGCGGUCAUUUUAAUGAUAUGCCUUCGAGAAACACAUUGGGCUUAAUCUUGUAGUUUCCUAGAUGAUGAUCUCGCUACUGGUGGGCUACUGACAUAAAAUAAGUGUGAAUGUUGUGGUAUUGGGGUGGGUGGGAGGAAUUACUUGGCACCGUUGGGAAGGGUGAAGGAGAUGAGAGGAGUCAGCUAAUUGAGAAUCAGCACCAUAAAUGUGUACUGUUAUUUGGAAGUAAGCUGUGUGAAAAUCAGUUGUACAAGAAAGAUGUUUCUACGAGAUGCAAUAGGAACAUUUUAACGAAGUGCUAAUAGGUAUUUUGGUGCCAAUUAGUUUAUAAAUAUUCAUACUUCUAAAUGAACCAAACUGAAUUACAGAAAGAUGUGGGUUCCAAAAGCAAAAUACUUCAUUGGACUACUAGGGGUGUAGCUUUUAGGUAACAGAAAGCUAUAAUGGGAUAAAAUAUUACUUUAACCCAAAUAGUCUUUGCUGCAAGCUGUCUGCAGAGCCUCUCGGAUAACAUUGUUGCUAAUAUUGUGUUGGUCAAUCCAGGUCUACUUCUUUCAUGUUGAAGAGUUGGGUGAUGUGGCUGCUGGGAGUGUUCCUAUGGCAGGUAUAUACUGUAGAGGAUGAAUACGGUAAUGAGCUUUAAUUGUAGGGAAAUAUCUUGUCUGACAGCACCCUCCUUGUGUAUCUGCAUCACCCCUUUGAUGCAUUAGGGUGCAACUGGUUGGGCAGGAUAUGUUUGGCUUUGCUCCUGGGCCUUGCAGAGCAGUUAAGCAGCGGCGGGGGGGAAUCAGUUUGAGCUGAACCUUAGAGUGCGCAGACUCUUGGAUGUGCAUCUACUCUAUUCAGAUUUAAUCUGAGUCAGUUCACAGACUCUUCCCACCCCAUAUCACAACCCAUAUUAUUUGCAAGAAUCUUACAAGAGUGGCUUGUCUCUAUGUGACAGAAUUGAUGACUGCAGUCUAAAACACCCAGACCUGGUAAAUCAGUGGAACUCAGUGGAGAUUACUUCUAGGUAAACAUGUUUAAGGUUUAUCAAGCUGGCUUUUAAUUAAAGCCACUGAAGUACACAGUGUCUGGUGUUAGUGAUGGAUGUCCUGUCUUCAUGCUAUACAUUUCUUGGCUGGACAACCUGAAGCGGAGCGUAUAAAUACAUAGUGUAGUCUUUGCACCUUACUAGCAGGAAACUGUGUGGGAAAAAUCUGUGAGAUGGGGUGAUGGCAAAACUUGAAGGAAAGCUGCAACAACUUCACUUUCAAGAUGGUGACUGUCCCGUGCUGCUCAUGUUGUUGAAUGAUCUGAAAUCACUGAGGUCAUAUCAGUUUCCCUUUUCUCAGAGCAAAUAUGUUUUUGUAUAUUGCUAAAAAAAGGAAAAGAGAAAGUUUGUGGUCUGUAUUAUGCCAAAAAAUCACAUAAACAAUAUAUGUACUGAGUCUUUA